GCGGGGACCCCGCAGCAGCAUGGCGGCCCCCCUCUUUCCGGCGGCUUCCUGAACGUUUGAGCUCGCCCGAGCAAAAUGUCCGGCAGGAGCCACAGCGGCCGAGAUCAGGCUCCGCGCACCGACUUCUGCCGCCUCCAGGAGCUCGACGCCGUUCUCUCCGAGGACGUCGAGCGGAGGACGAUCAACAUGGGCGGUUUGCGCACGGUCGACCUCGGCCACGGGCGCAGCAAGCCGGCCGAAACAGUGCGGCUUGGUGACAAGAUGGGAAUGGCAGCCCAGGCCAACGACCUCGUCAAGGUGCAGCGCCUGAUCAAAAGAGGUGUCUCGGUCAACGCCCGCAACUCGACCUCGGGCGUCACCCCGCUCGGCGUCGCGGCGGAGCGCGGUCACGACGACAUGGUCAAGGUGCUUCUCGGCGCGAGGGCGAACCUUGACGACACGACGCGCGAGGGGAUGACGCCGCUGCACAUCUGCUGCCAGUUCGGGCGCGCAGACACGGUGCGGCUUCUCGCGGCGGCGGGGGCCAACGUCAACUCGGUGGCUCGCAACUUGCCGCCCGGCCACGAGCAGACCUCCUCCACACCGCUCAUGUCGGCAGCUGGCCGGCUUUCCGUGCCGACAGUGAAGGCCCUCCUCGAGGCGCGGGCCGACGUCAACUUCCGCCCGCGCCCCGCCCGAGGCUGCACCGCCCUCCACCUCGCCUGCCGGCUGGGCGCGCUCGACGUGCUGCAGGCGCUUCUCGACAGCGGCUGCGCGAACACGGGCAUCCGCAACCGAGAGGGCGAGCCGCCGCGAGACGCCCCGCGAGACGGCGAUCGUGUGGAGCUUCUCGCGCCGGCACCUCAAGUGCGCGCUGCUGCUGCGCGAGCACGAGGCGGAGGACGCGCCGCCCCCGCUCUCCGACAAGUCCGACAGGUACAUCGCCGCGGCGAUGGCGCGGCUGGCGGCGGCGGUGGAGUCAAACAGGGCCGACCUCGUCGACAGCGAGGAGGGUGGCGGCGAGGGAGCCAAGCUGGCGCUUCCGUCGGAGCUGGAGACUGCGCCCUUCCGUCGGAGCUGCUCUCUGCGUACAUGCGCGCCGGCUCCGCGCUCGGUGACGUCGGUAUGAUCAAGAACCUCGCCGCGGCGCCGACCAGCCUCGCUUGCGCGCAGCCCGACCUCGUCAACGUGCCCGACGCGACGGGGCGCACGGCGCUGCACGCCGCAUGCGAGAAUGGGCACGUCGGCAUCGCCGCGGCGCUGCUGGGGAACGGCGCGUAUGUCGACGCGCAGCGGAAGGACGGGCAGACCCCGCUGCAUGUCGUUUGCGCAGGCGGCCACCCGCUGCUCGUGCAGCUGCUCCUCCGGCACGGCGCCAGCCAGAGCAUCCCGGACGAGGCCGGGAAGGUGGCGCGGGACGUCGCAACACCCGAGGCGGCCGCGGCGUUGCCACCGUCGCUGCCGGAGCUAGGCAUCUUGUGAUAGUGCGCAACCCCACGAGGACGACCUGAUUCGUUGUGUGCAUCUACGAGUAAGGCAAUGGUGUACUGACGUAGUUACCGCUCUACGUAAAGCCACGGUGUAGACUACAAGUUGUAGUUGUGAGUCUGUAGCGGCUCUGUACAGUCCACACAUAA